AUGUCUACUGUUAUUUACCCUCCAUACUCUUCCCUCUCUUUACCCAAUGAUCAGAGUUCUUUUCGUCUGCUCUCGAUCCAAGGCUCUGUGGAUGUGAACUCGCCCAUUGUCACCAGUCUACGCCUUGCCCAGCUUGAUGAGAAACCCGAAUUCGAGGCCCUUUCCUACCACUGGGGCACUGGCAACGCAACAGAAGAUGUGCUGGUCAACAACGAAAAGCUUCCCGUCACGCCGAACCUCGCAGCCGCUCUUCGUGCUCUACGGCUACAGAACAAGGCGCGGGUCGUAUGGAUCGAUGCGAUCUGCAUCAAUCAAGCCUACAACCCAGAGAAAAACCUUCAAGUCGGCCUGAUGAGGAGGAUCUUCGCCACAUCGUCCAGAGUCGUCGUCUGGCUUGGACACAGUGACACCUUGAGUCACGAAGCCUUCAAGGUCAUGCAGAAGCCGGCUGGAAAGCGCUACCAGAAUGUUCUCGAGGCGGUCCUACGCAGACCCUGGUUCAGGCGUGUCUGGGUUGUGCAAGAAGUCGCUUUCGCCCCCAGUGUCACAGUACAGUGUGGAUCAGACACCACUGAGUGGGACUCGAUCAUUCGCCAUUGUUCUCAGCUGGGACGGCUCCGCUCGGUCAUCGACCCGGAUGCACCCCCAGGCUCAAAGCACUUCCAUCCUUCGUUCUACCCACGAAUCUUGGACGCCACGCGCCGCAAGGUUCAGGCCGGUGGUAGGUUGCCAUUACUGGAGGCCUUGAGGAGUUUCCGUGCCUUCGACUCGACUCGAGCGGUUGACAAGGUCUACAGCAUCCUGGGUCUUCUUGAGGACCCAAAGGUAGUCACAGUCGCCUACGAUAGACCUGCCGAGGACGUCUUCCGCGAAGUAGCCAUAUACAGCAUCCAUACCUCACAGCGGCUAGAUCUUUUCCGAGACUGUUUACCCGAGGAAGGACAUGUUCCAGUAAAUACCUGGGUUCCUGACUGGGCGAGUAAGGAGCAGGCUGUCGAACACGACAUCGAGUACUUUGCGGCAGAAGAGCCAUUCGGGGCAAGCUGUGACAGUCCCUUCGGCGAUGUUGCCGUUGGACAGCACGGUAGUCUGCAAGUAUCAGCCCAAGUUAUCGCGACCAUUGCAGAGCUCUCCCAAGGCUUACCCAGCUACGAAGACAUCCGCAAAGGCAUCUUACCAUCAGGCCGUGUGCUACCAUCCAGACGAUGGUUCGAAGUCAUUUCUCACCUGUUGAGCAUUCCCGAGAGCUGGAGUGCAAUAGGAUGUAGGAUCAAUGGCGAUGACGGUACCUUGCAAGACCAGUACGGGACAAACGAAACAGCGAUGGAGGCGCUCUACAACACGCUAUGCAAUCUAGCGCCACCGUUCUCGGAUCUGGAGACUGCACGUCAGUUUGAUAAGUGGAUGACAUUCGUCGAGAUGUUUCAAUCUGCUGCCCGCCGAUGGCAGACACGUAUUGCACAAGCUUUACCUUGGAUGAUUGUAUGGCUUGUGAGCGGACCAUACGCGGUAUUGAUCGUGACGAUGCUGCUGUACCACGCCUGGAAGGGUGAUAUUGUCCUGAAUCCUCCACGGCCUCCAGUCAUACCGUUUCGCUCGACCUGGUUGCUGGGUCGCACGGAUAACGACCUUCUCGGAAUAUUUCCAGCGCCGACAUUUGUCGCACCUCGGGCGAUAUCUUCCAGAGUCGGAGAUGCGGUAAUGAUAUUGAAAGGAGGUGCACGUCCAUAUGUGUUGCGAAAAGAGGAAAGCAAAUGGCGGCUGAUUGGCGAUGCCUACGUCCAUGGCAUCAUGCACGGCGCUGCGUUCGAUGAGAGCAAGUGCAUGACAAUCGAGCUGCUGUGA